AUGCCGCAAACACUGCCGGCGGCAUUUAUUUCUGCCUUUGCAGCAGUGUUGCACUGGAGCCAUAUAACACACCUCUUUGAAAAUGACCGUCAUUUUUCUCACCUCUCAACUCUGGAAAGGGAGAUGGCUUUUCGCACUGAAAUGGGACUAUAUUAUUCUUACUUCAAGACUAUUGUGGAAGCACCGUCAUUUUUUAAUGGAGUCUGGAUGAUUAUGAAUGACAAACUGACUGAAUAUCCCCUUGUUAUUAAUACAUUAAAAAGGUUCAAUCUUUACCCUGAGGUAAUCUUGGCUAGCUGGUACCGGAUUUAUACCAAAAUAAUGGACUUGAUUGGUAUUCAAACCAAGAUAUGUUGGACAGUUACCAGAGGAGAAGGACUCAGUCCUAUUGAAAGCUGUGAAGGUUUGGGAGAUCCUGCUUGCUUUUAUGUUGCUGUAAUUUUUAUUUUAAAUGGACUAAUGAUGGCACUAUUCUUCAUAUAUGGCACAUAUUUAAGUGGCAGCCGACUAGGAGGCCUGGUUACAGUGUUGUGCUUCUUUUUCAAUCAUGGAGAGUGUACCCGUGUGAUGUGGACGCCACCACUCCGUGAAAGCUUCUCGUAUCCGUUUCUUGUACUUCAGAUGUUGCUUGUGACUCAUAUUCUCAGGGCUACAAAACUUUAUAGAGGAAGCUUGAUUGCACUUUGCAUUUCCAACGUAUUUUUCAUGCUUCCGUGGCAGUUUGCUCAGUUUGUGCUUCUUACUCAGAUUGCAUCACUAUUUGCAGUAUAUGUUGUGGGGUACAUUGAUAUAUGUAAAUUACGGAAGAUCAUUUAUAUACACAUGAUUUCUCUUGCACUUUGUUUUGUUUUGAUGUUUGGGAACUCAAUGUUGUUAACUUCUUAUUAUGCUUCCUCCUUGGUAAUUAUUUGGGUUAUACAAGGAUGUUUUUGGUUAUUUGGAACUGUCACACUCAAAUAUUUGACAUCUAAAAUCUUUGGCAUUGCAGAUGAUGCUCAUAUUGGCAACUUACUAACAUCAAAAUUCUUCAGUUAUAAGGAUUUUGAUACUUUACUAUACACCUGUGCAGCAGAGUUUGACUUUAUGGAAAAGGAGACUCCGGUGAGAUAUACAAAGACAUUGUUGCUUCCAGUUGUUCUGGUAGUGUUCAUCGCAAUUGUUAGAAAGAUUAUUAGUGAUAUAUGGGGUGUCUUAGCUAAGCAACAGACACAUAUAAGAAAACACCAGUUUGAUCAUGGAGAGCUGGUUUAUCAUGCACUGCAACUGUUAGCAUACACAGCCCUCGGUAUUUUAAUUAUGAGACUAAAACUCUUCUUGACACCACACAUGUGUGUUAUGGCUUCCUUGAUCUGCUCAAGACAGCUGUUCGGAUGGCUCUUCUGCAAAGUGCAUCCUGGUGCUGUUGUCUUUGCUGUAUUAGCAGCAAUGUCAAUACAAGGUUCAGCAAAUCUACAAACCCAGUGGAAUAUUGUGGGGGAGUUCAGCAAUUUGCCUCAGGAAGAACUUAUAGAAUGGAUCAAAUACAGUACUAAACCAGAUGCAGUGUUUGCGGGUGCCAUGCCCACCAUGGCAAGUGUUAAGCUCUCUGCCCUUCGGCCCAUAGUGAAUCACCCGCAUUAUGAAGAUGCUGGCCUGAGAGCCAGAACAAAAAUAGUAUACUCAAUGUAUAGUCGAAAAGCAGCUGAAGAAGUGAAGCAAGAAUUGAUAAAGUUAAAAGUGAAUUAUUACAUUCUGGAAGAGUCAUGGUGUAUACGAAGAUCCAAGCCUGGUUGCAGUAUGCCUGAAAUUUGGGAUGUGGAAGACCCUGCCAAUGCUGGGAAAACUCCCUUAUGUAACCUCUUGGUGAAGGAGUCCAAGCCUCACUUCACCACUGUAUUCCAGAACAGUGUUUACAAAGUCCUAGAAGUUGUGAAAGAAUGACUGCUAUGUGAACUGCUGCCUACAGAGAACCACAUCAGUAAUUGUUUAAAUGUUUUGCUAAUAAGUCAUGUGUUGUUUUUAAUUCAAAUCCCCAAAAACUUUUGUAGGAACUGUUUUCAAAUAGAAAACGUCUUAUUUGGUCAAUUUGAAUGUUAUUCUAAUUGUAAAAAUGACUUACACUUUCA